ACAGGUGCAAAUAGCAUAUUCCUAAAAUAUGCCAAAUUAAAUGAUUUAAAGUAAUUGGUCCAAAGUGUUUGAUCCAGUCCAAUAUCAUCUCUGUACUGCUCAAUUGCUCAUCUAUCGGCCAGACGGUCUUAAGCGAUAUUGCUCUCUGCGCUUCCAUAUCCUCUUCCCCUUAGGUCGGACGCAGUCGCGCGCCAUUCGUCUUAUGUCCUGAGGAACUGACAGUGAGAAACAAAAGCAGUAUCCAUGGAUUGCGUACUCAGAACUCAUCAUCCCGUAGGGAUCGGAAACUCUCUCAUUAAGCAUCCGUCGAAUGUAAGAGCUUUCACCGUCAAGUGUUCAUCUCCUUCCGCGUCUCCUUCUGCAGGAGUGGUAGAGAGGCCGUGGAAGGUGGCAGAUGCCAGACUUGUCCUUGAGGAUGGUUCAAUCUGGAGGGCAAAAUCAUUUGGUGCUUCUGGAACCCAAGUCGGGGAAGUGGUUUUCAAUACAUCAUUAACAGGGUAUCAGGAAAUAAUUACAGAUCCUAGCUAUGCUGGCCAAUUUGUUUUGAUGACCAAUCCUCAUAUAGGCAAUACUGGUGUCAACUUUGAUGAUGAAGAAUCUAGGAAGUGCUUUCUAGCUGGUUUAGUCAUUAGAAGUUUGAGUAUCAGCACGUCUAAUUGGAGAUCCACAGAGACACUUGGUGAAUACUUGGGUGCUAGAAAUAUAAUGGGAAUCUAUGAUGUUGACACUCGUGCAAUUACUCGAAGGCUUAGGGAAGAUGGAAGCCUUAUUGGUGUGCUGACCACAGAGGACCAUAAAACUGAUGAGGAACUUCUAGAAAUGUCCCGUACAUGGGACAUUGUUGGAGUGGAUUUAAUUACUGGGGUCUCCUGUGAUGCUCCAUAUGAAUGGGUUGAUAAAACCCACUCAUCAUGGGAUUUUAACUUUAGUGGAAGAAGCCAAGAAACUUUCAAUGUGGUUGCAUAUGAUUUUGGGAUCAAGCAAAAUAUACUAAGGAGAUUGGCUUCCUAUGGUUGUAAAAUUACCAUUGUCCCUUCAACAUGGCCUGCAUCUGAAACACUGAAGAUGAAACCUGAUGGGGUACUUUUCAGCAACGGCCCUGGAGACCCCUCUGCAGUUCCUUAUGCUGUCGAGACAGUGAAGGAUAUAAUUGGAAAGGUUCCUGUCUUUGGCAUUUGUAUGGGCCAUCAGUUGCUUGGUCAAGCUUUAGGUGGUAAAACCUUUAAAAUGAAAUUUGGUCACCAUGGUGGAAAUCAUCCGGUCCGUAACCUUCGCAAUGGAAGUGUUGAGAUUAGUGCCCAGAAUCACAAUUAUGCAGUUGAUAUUGAGUCCCUCCCUGAAGGAGUAGAAGUAACUCAUGUGAAUUUGAACGAUGGAAGCUGUGCGGGUCUGGCCUUUCCCCGACAAAAGUUGAUGGCACUUCAAUACCAUCCUGAGGCAUCGCCUGGACCCCAUGAUUCCGAUAAUGUAUUUGGGGAGUUUGUUCAACUGAUGAAGAACGAGAAACAAAGGGCAUAAGCGGUAAUCUUUGCAGCAAGUUCCCACCGUAUAUGAAAGAGCAAAGGGGCAGAGACUUGAUAGCAAGCAGAGAGGGGCUGUUAGCUAGUUGCUCUAAGCUGAGGGAGAUUUCGAUGUUAUUAUAACACCCACCCAUCACUUUGGAUAGUUUGUGCCACUUUUCUUUUCGCAUUAUUGUUAUUGUUUAUGUAUUAUAAGUGCAAUACUUUAUCAAUAAUUUGGCUGUGGUUUGGCAACAAGACUGCCGCCUACUCGGUAUGAAAUUUCCUUGUUGAUCAGAAUCGAAAACAUCUGCUAAUUAGCAGCUUCAGACCUUUUGCUUAACAAAUAAAUAUCCCCUGGAUUUUUGUUUGGGAAAGACUUAAGUAGAAGUAAAAUAUACUAGUAGCAAUUAUAUAAAUGAGAACUUAAACUUAAUC